UGACGAACCUCUUUUGGUUAUUGAUAUUGAAAUGCAUCCACGUGCCGAUCUCGGAAGGGUGUCCACAUGAUCGUUUAGUGUAAAGAGUUCAACGGGAAGAAAUGAUCGGAUUUGCCUAUAGUUGUGGAGGUGGAAUGCACGGACGUAAGGGAAACACUGGCGAUGCGCCCUGUUUUGCUUUAAAGCUAAUCAUCCAAAAGCCGAAAGAUGAACACAAUGGAAGAAUGAAUGCAUUCAGAAGAACACCAACUUGCACAACAUUCUCUCUCUUCUCCAUCAUCUGAUAUAUAUCUUAAUAUCUACAAACAACAAACAAAAUGGCUUUCUGCUCUCAUUGUCUCGAUUUGAACGAAUUACCUGGUAGCCCAAGCGGUUCGGAAGCAAAGAUUGGCGGUGUUGAUACAUACGUUGCCAAAGGAUCUAAUCAAAAAGGUGGCAUUAUUGUGGCAACUGACAUUUUCGGUUUAAAGAUCGUUAAUCCAAAAAUUGUUGCUGAUGAACUUGCAAAACAAUCUGGUCUUUCAGUUUACGUUCCAGAUAUCUUCCCUGGUGGAGCAAUUGAUGCAAAAGAUUUCGUUUUGCCAAAACGUGCAAGUGAAGGAGCACCAAGUGAAGAUCAAACUUCAAAGAACUUUGAAAACUUUGGUCAAUGGAUCGGAAAGAAGAAUUCUCCCGAACAUACUUUCCCAAUCUUCAAAGCCGUUGCUGAAGAAGUGAAAAAGACAAAUGGCGGAAAGGUUGGUGGCGUUGGUUUCUGCUACGGUGGAAAGUUGGUCGCCUUGGGUGCUUUGGACGGUACUCUUUCCGCAGGUGCAAUUUACCAUCCCGCACUUUUGGAAGCUGAAGAAGCAUCAAAGAUCAAAGUUCCAAUCUUGUUGAACCAAGCUGAAAUGGAUCCUCUCUUCCAAGGUGAAUUACAAGAAGCAUGGAACAACAACCUCAAAUCAAACAACGUCCUUGACAAACGUACAAAACAAUACCCGAACACCGUUCACGGUUUCGGUAGCCGUCCUGAUCUCAAGGACGCAAAGGUUAAAGCAGGUCACGAAGAAGCACUCAAGAACACUGCUGCCUUCUUCUCAGAAACCUUGGCUUAAGAAGUAUUACACAUGAAAAGAUGUUACUUGAUGCAAAUAAAUGAUUUAUUUAGCCUUUACGAAGAAGUUAUUGUGUGAUGUAUAACGAAUUUAGAAACUUUUCAGAACGAGUGGUCAUUCAAUCCUAAUAAUCUAUUCUGGCUACAAUUGAUGAUGUCUGAG